CCUCUUUCUUUUUAAGUGUCGCUCGGUCCUGGAGCUCUGCUGGGCGGGUGCCUUGCUCCUUGAGACUGGAGACGGACGGAAACAGCCAGGGUAGACCAGGGUGGCAAAAGGAAAUCUGCCGAGAUGUUCGGUCAGGGCCCCAGGACCCCAGCUUCAGGCUGCUACUACCUAAAUCCCAUGACACCCGAGGGCCAGGAGCUGUACUUGCGAUUUGAUCAGACUACGAGACGCUCUCCUUACAGGAUGAGCCGGAUUCUAGCGCGCCAUCAGCUAGUGGCUAAAAUCCAACAAGAAAUUGAGGCAAAGGAAGCAUGUGACUGGCUCCGUGCUGCUGGGUUCCCACAAUACGCUCAGUUAUAUGAGGAUUCACAGUUUCCCAUCAACAUUUUGGCUGUUAAAAACGAUCAUGAUUUUCUUGAAAAGGACCUUGUAGAACCUCUUUACAGACGAUUAAAUACAUUGAACAAGUGUGCCUCAAUGAAACUUGAUGUGAACUUCCAAAGGAAAAAGGGUGAAGACUCAGAUGAAGAAGAUCUCUGUAUCAGUAACAAAUGGACUUUCCAAAGAACCAGUCGGCGGUGGUCUCGUGUGGACAACCUCCACACACUGUUUCCUGGGGGAGACAGAAAUGGGUCAUCCGGAGACAUGAAAAUGAGAAACACAAUCAGCAGUGAAAGUGUCCUCACAGACCUGAGUGAGCCCGAGGUCUGCUCCAUCCACAGCGAGAGCAGUGGUGGGAGUGACGGACGCAGCCACCCCGGCAGCCACCCCGGCAGCCACCCCGGCAGCCAGGGCACCGGCCGGGAGGCGUUUGACUGCUCCAGCCAGUACUGUCCUGAUAGCCCAGUCAUGCUGGAUGCCACGGUAUUCAGCAGCAGCCUCCCACAGUCCCCCAAAGAUGCUCUCAACUACCCUUUCCACCCAAAGAAUGAGAAACCCAGCAGGGCCAGAGCCAAAUCAUUUUUGAAACGCAUGGAAACACUCCGAGCAAAAGGAGCACAUGGAAGGCAUAAGGGACAGACAGGUGGCUUGGUGAUCAGCGGGCCUGUGCUACAGCAGGAGCCAGAGUCCUUUAAGGCCAUGCAGUGCAUCCAAAUUCCCAAUGGAGAUCUCCAGAACUCGCCCCCGGCUGCCUGCAGUAAAGGGCUUCAAUGUUCCAGCAAAUGGAGUAGUGAAAGCAGCCCAUUGGAAAACAGCAGUAGUGGGCUGAGCACACCUGGCCUGAAGGAACGGAAAUGCCAGGAGGCCAACAAGCGUGGGGGCAUGUACUUAGAAGACCUGGAUGUGCUGGCUGGGACAGCACUGUGGAAUGCAUGUGACCAAAACCACACACAUGAGUUUCACUCCCAGGAGAACUUGGUAGUACACAUUCCCAAGGAUCACAAACCAGGAACAUUCCCGAAGGCACUGUCUAUCGAAAGCCUCUCCCCAACAGACAACAGCAAUGGGGUGAACUGGAGGACUGGGAGCAUCUCCCUGGGUAGACAGCACGGCCCCUGUGCCAGGGAGCCCGGGCUCGUGGCCUCCUGCCACAGAGCAAGUCGAGUCAGUAUCUACGACAACGUUCCAUUGUAUGCCAGCACAGGAGACCUUUUGGACUUGGAGAAAGAUGACCUCUUCCCUCACUUCGAGGACAUUCUGCACCACGUCAGUGGGCUCCAAGAGGGAGUGGAUGACUGGUCAAAGCAUGUCUUGCCUGAACUGCAAGCACAUGAGGCUUUGGUUGGAAAACCUGGCUUAUGCCCCUUCCCAUUUCCUAAUCAGAUCACCCUAGAUUUCGAAGGCAAUUCUGUUUCUGAAGGUCAGACAACACCCAGUGAUGUGGAAAGAGAUGGAACAUCACUUACUGAGUCAGAAACCACCGGGGUCAAAGAAAGAAGGGAUUCUGGUGUAGGGGCCUCUCUGACCAGGCCAAACAGGCGACUCCGAUGGAACAGUUUCCAGCUCUCCCACCAGCCUCAGCCAUCCGCGGCAUCACCCCACAUCAGCAACCAGACCGCCGGCCAGCUGAACCUGCUCCAGCGCUUCUCGCUGCUCCGCCUCACGGCCAUCAUGGAGAAGCACUCCAUGUCCAACAAACACGGCUGGACAUGGUCAGUUCCAAAGUUCAUGAAGAGGAUGAAAGUUCCUGAUUACAAAGGCAAGACUGUCUUUGGCGUUCCUCUUAUAGUUCAUGUCCAGAGAACGGGACAGCCCCUGCCUCAGAGUAUUCAGCAAGCACUCAGAUAUCUUCGCAGCAACUGCCUUGACCAGGUGGGCCUUUUUCGAAAAUCUGGUGUGAAAUCUAGAAUCCAGGCCUUACGUCAAAUGAACGAGAACUUCCCUGAGAACGUCAACUACGAGGACCAGUCUGCUUAUGACGUGGCAGACAUGGUGAAACAGUUCUUCCGGGACCUUCCUGAGCCUCUUUUCACCAACAAGCUCAGUGAGACCUUUCUCCACAUCUAUCAGUAUGUCCCGGAAGAGCAGCGGCUGCAGGCAGUGCAGGCUGCCAUCCUGCUGCUGGCCGACGAGAGCAGGGACGUCCUGCAGACGCUUCUGUGCUUCCUCAAGGACGUGGCCAACUUGGUGGAAGAGAAUCAGAUGACACCCAAGAACCUGGCUGUGUGUCUGGCCCCAUCUCUCUUUCAUCUCAAUUUAUUGAAGAAAGAAAGCUCCCCCAGGGUCAUACAGAAGAAAUACGCCACUGGGAAGCCAGAUCAAAAGGAACUCAGUGAGAAUCUGGCCGCCUCUCAGGGCCUUGCCCACAUGAUCAUGGAAUGUGACAGACUUUUUGAGGUCCCGCAUGAGAUGGUAGCCCAGUUUCAUAAUUCUUACGUGGAGGCUGAGAUCCAUACUCCAACUCUGGAAGACCUGGGGACCCAGGUGGAGGAAAGUGGGGCCACAUUCCACACUUACCUGGACCAGCUCAUCCAGGGCCUCCAGAAGGAAGCCAAGGAGAAGUUUAAAGGAUGGGUUACAUGUUCCAGCACAGACAAUACAGACCUUGCUUUCAAAAAGGUGGGAGACGGGAAUCCACUGAAGUUAUGGAAGGCUUCCGUGGAGGUGGAAGCACCGCCUUCAGUGGUGUUGAAUCGUGUGCUAAGGGAGCGCCACCUGUGGGAUGAGGAUUUUGUGCAGUGGAAGGUUGUGGAAACUCUGGACAAGCAAACAGAAAUCUAUCAGUACGUGUUGAACAGCAUGGCCCCCCAUCCUUCCAGAGACUUUGUGGUUCUCAGGACCUGGAAGACUGAUUUGCCCAAAGGAAUGUGUACCCUGGUCUCCCUCUCUGUGGAGCACGAGGAAGCUCAGCUCAUGGGCGGUGUGCGAGCCAUAGUGAUGGAUUCUCAGUACUUAAUAGAACCAUGUGGUUCCGGCAAGUCAAGACUGACCCACAUCUGCAGGAUAGACCUGAAAGGUCACUCCCCAGAAUGGUACAAUAAAGGCUUUGGACAUCUGUGUGCAGUGGAAGUUGCCAGGAUUAGAAACUCUUUCCAGCCCCUCAUUGCUGAGGGUCCAGAAACUAAAAUAUGAAUUUUCCCCGGUGUGACAUUAAGCUCAGGGAAGGGGAAGUGAAAGGAAACACCUGUGGGAGAGAGUGCACUCAGGAGAAAGUAAGAGAGGACAACUGAUUGACAUGGUUCCUGCUCAAAAUGGAAACACUGAGAAGUCAGAAUGUUGAAGAUGCAAGAGUUUCUGCGAACUUUCUUAGCCUUCCUGGAGAUGGCUAUAUUCCUACUAAUAUAAAAAUUUUAAAAAUGAAAACAUUUAUCUAUGUUACUUAAAAUUAAAUGGCUUUUCUUUGUGCAUUGCCUAAUUUGCUAUUUAAAAGCUUCUAAGAAGCAUAUUUUAACUGUAAAUAAAUGUAUGUAUAGCAUAUGUACAUGUGUGUAUAUCUCUCCCUUUACUGUAUAUAUGUAAAAUAUCAAUUUUAUAUAUAAUUGCAUAUUUUGAAACAUGUCUGCCUUGCUGAGUCCCUUCCUUGCAUGGUUCUUUCCAAGUUGCUCUGGGCCCCACCAUCCUGUAAACUGAGCAGCUGCUGCUGACACGAAGGCGUGAAAAUGUGUAGCCUGUCAGUCAGAGGUGAUGUUCAACCAAAGAUGUGCUAACCAAAGGCAAACAACAUUAAAAGGUUCUUAUGUGUCA